UAUAGCAAUUGAGACAUGUUUUCCUCCAGGGAUCAAACAAUCAGUUACAUCUCGUUGACACACAUUAUAUGUCGAUAGCAUCAACGCUUGGAGUCAUUUUUCUGCAUGGACAAGGAAAACACAGUUUAUUGCAUUGACUCGUUUUAGAAGCCUAAUAGGAAGGGCUAGAAUGUCUCUCUGCUUUGUUUGCCAAACUCCUUCCUUAUCUUUAUGCGUCAAAGACACUCUCAGAAAUUGAUUGAACAAGCCUGCCUUCCCAGCUGUUUCCCUCAACCACCUCAGCCAAUGAGUUCCUUUUGCCUGAAGCCUUCACCUGAGCGAGGACUUUGGUCUUCCAUGCAUCUCCUCCAAACACAUCCCUGCCAGAUGAAGAACAAAGGCUACAGGUGAAGGCUGUGAUCACUGAGGGAAAAUAAAUAAGGAUCUGGGAGCUUCAGUGAUGUUGACGACUACUCCUGGUGCUGACAGUUUGCAGCCAUUCCAAAUGGAUUGACGGCAGGACCAAGCCAAAGGAUUCUACCCAAGAGAUCUUUUUCUUUCUUCAGAACUUUCAGCAGUUGGCCAACAGAACAGCAUGUUUACUUCUAGCUUGAUGGUGCCUCAUGCAGGCACACCUUGAAGCCAAUGUUUCCAUCUCUGUUUCAUAACAAAGAUGCCCAAUCUUAUGUAUGCGGUUCUUCAUUUCCUCUUGAGCAUCCUCAUCCCUUCCACCAACCUAAUAGUCAUCAGAGUCAUUUGGCAGCUGAGGAAGAAGAAGCCAAGCAGAAACUACAUCUUCAUCCUUAACUUGGCAGCUGCUGAUUUACUGGUCGGUGUGAUGUGCUUUGGGGAAGCACUGGAUGAUGCCAUAGACAUAGCAUUGGACAGGAACCUAACCAUUUGUCUCUUGAGAAUCUGCAUAAGCAUUACUCCUUGCAUUGGCUCCAUACUGACCUUGCUGUUGGUUUCCCUGGACAGGUACUUGGCAGUGAAACUGCCGCUUUAUUACCCCACCCUCAUGAGGAAGAAGCCGAUCAUCUUCUCUCUUGUUGUGCUGUGGAGUGUUUCUUUACUGGUGGGGCACAUGCCUCUCUAUUACUCCUACCUGCAGCAGAGCAAUUUCACGGUGGGAAGGAUCGCCUACCUACAGCACAUGAGGAUCCGUCAUGCCUUCCUGCACAUGGACACCUCCUCUGCUCAUUUCCGCCAUUUCAAAGCACUGAGGACAGUCCUUGUUGUGAUCAUCUGCUUCAUUCUCUUCUGGGGCCCUUAUUAUGUGGCGGCCAUCGUGAAAGCUACUUGCAGUUCCUGCAUUCUAAGUCCGCUGCUGAAGAAUUUACUAUUCAUUCUCGGAGAAACCAAUUCCCUGGUCAACCCUUUUAUCUACUCACUGUAUAGUAAAGAUAUAAGAACUCAGCUUUCCAAACUGAUGAAGUGCAAGACCAAAGGCCAAAUAAAACCAUGCAGGGCUAAUGACUUGGCUCUGAUCCAUUUCAACAUGAGGGCUCAAUGUAACUUCGCCUCUGGAGGAGCCACAAAGCGAGACUCAUCUGGGGAUCAAGCUUCUAACUCUCCUACCUGCAAGAGUUCUUCAGACUUCAGAGCAGUGUUCUCAAUAUCUUGAUCUCAGGCAGAUUAAACAAAAGCCUAGCCUUAAGAGAGGUGAAGAGGUUUCUUGUGCAUUGGCAAUCAAUAAAGAGGUAAUGUAGGAAAAGUUCCCUUCUGCAAUCAGGAUUUGGAACCAAAAUGUGUGUUGCCUACAU